UCCACUGUGUCGUCCUCCGAUGGCCACCAGUAGCUCCGGGCCAGCGCGGGGCUGAAUCCAGCAGCAUGCUGCGUUCCCUCCCCAGCAGCCCUGGAGGCGUGUGGGGCUAGAGGACAGCCUACAGGCCAUGGCCAGACCCCCCUACCUGCUCCCCUUGCCCACCAUGUCCAGCUACAGCAAGACCCCCCUUGUCCCCGGUCAAGGUACGGGGUCGAGUUCAAUGGCCUGGGUGAAGCUGUUCAAGAAACCUGGAGGGGCCCUGAAGAAGUCCUACCAGCCAGGGAGCAUGCUGUCCCUAGCGCUCACCAAAGGCCUGCUCAACGAACCGGGCCAGAACAGCUGCUUCCUCAACAGUGCUGUUCAGGUGCUGUGGCAGUUAGAUAUAUUCAGGAGAAGCCUGAGACAACUCUCAGGGCACUUUUGUCUUGGAGAUGCGUGUAUUUUCUGUGCUUUGAAGAGUAUAUUUGGGCAGUUCCAGCAGAGCAGGGAGCGCACCCUAGCGUCAGACAGCCUCCGCAACGCGCUGGCCGAGACCUUUAAGGACGAGCAGCGCUUCCAGCUGGGUCUCAUGGACGAUGCCGCCGAGUGCUUCGAGAACAUCCUGGAACGCAUCCACCUGCACAUCGUCUCUGACACGGCCACCGACGGAUGCUCGUCGAAAUCCUGCAUCACACACCAGAAGUUUGCCAUGACUCUCUACGAGCAGUUUGUUUGUCGCAGCUGUGGAGCAUCUUCAGACCCGCACCCCUUCACAGAGCUGGUACAUUAUGUCUCCACCACUGCAUUAUGUCAGCAGGUGGACGGCCUGCUGGGGAAGAGCGAGCGCCAGCGUGCAGACAUGUUCGGGGAGCUGCUCCAGGCCGCCAACACCUCAGGAGACCUCCGCAGCUGCCCGAGCCAGUGUGGUCAAAGCAUCAGGAUCAGGCGUGUGCUGAUGAACUGUCCAGAGAUCGUGACGAUCGGCUUUGUGUGGGACGCCGAGCAGUCUGACCUCACGGACGACGUGAUUCGCUCCCUCGGCCCACGCCUCAACCUAUCAGGGAUGUUCAACCGCGUGACCGACGACAACGCCAAGCGGAGUGAACUCCACCUGGUGGGGAUGAUCUGCUUCUCCAGCAAGCACUACUCGGCCUUCGCCUACCACAGCAAGUCCUGCAAGUGGGUGUUCUUCGACGACGCCACCGUCAAAGAGAUCGGGUCAAAGUGGAAGGACGUGGCGUCCAAGUGCAUCCGCGGCCACUACCAGCCGCUGCUCAUCUUCUACACCAACCCGGAGGGCACCCACAUCUCCAGCGAGGAUGCCCCCCGCCACACCACCAUGUGCCCCCGCUACAGGACCAACGGGGUCAACGGGGAGAUCGCAGUGAGGCUUCCUCUCAGCAGUCCCAAGAUGGAGGGCUUCCCCCGAGGCUGUGCGACCGCCAAGAAGGACCGAGGGCAUCACAGAGCUGACCACGCGCAGCAAAAAGGGGUGCCGUACUGCCGACUGUCCCCUCCCCUGGAGAACGGCCUGAAGCCCCCGGCCGAGCCCAAGACGCGAGGUGGGGGCUCCGGCUCCGGCCCUCGUCCGGACAAGGCCUCUGGGCACCCCGCCCCCACCCCCGCCCCCACCUCCACCUCCACCAGCAGGGCCAUUCAGGAGCCGCGCGGAGCGCCAGCCUCCAGCAGCCGGAGGUCCACCAACAGCGCCGUCACCAGCUCCUCCUCCUCCCCCUCUUCCCCCGGGCGGCCCGACCCGGACAGCGGCCCCCCGGAGCCCCCGGAGAAGGCCCGGGGGAGCCGGCCCAAGGCGGCGUGGCGGCCCGUGAGGGAGGUGCUGAACGUGGACAGCGUGCUCAGCGACAUGGAGCUGCGACGCCACCCGACCCUGCCGCACCACCUCCCGGGGUCCCAGGGCCCCACCCAGGCAUGCCGACCGGCCCGGCCGCCCCCCCAGUGCGGCCGGGCGACUCGCGAGCCGGUCCAGACCCGAGGGGGGGGCGGCGAUCCGGCUCACACCCGAGGCGGGGAGCGGGAGCAGCUCCACCCCCGAGGGGAGAGCCGCGACCCGGCCCAGACCCGCGCGGGGGGGACGGACGGUGACCGGCGCCAGCCGCAGCAGCAGCAGCAGCAGCAGCAGAAGUGUCUGAUGACCAUCUACGAGGACGAGCAGCGUCUGGAGACGGAGAGCCACAGCUCCGUGGAGUCGGAGAGCCGGCCGGGUCGGCUCAAAGGAGGGGGUGGGGGUGGGGGAGGGGGAGGAGGAGGAGGCCCGCGCACCCUGCUGCGCAGCGACACCUGGACCAUCCAGAGGACCGAGUCGGGCUACGAGAGCAGCGACCGCCUGAGCAGCGGCUCCACCAACCCGGACUCACCCGGAGUGGACGGGUCCACCAGCAAGGACAGGAGGCUGCCGCCAGAGACCUUCUCACCAAGCAAGGGCCAGCCGCAUCAAAAACAAAGUGCAAUGCGUUCUCCUCCACACAAUGGUAAACAACAGGCCAGGACCCAGGGGAAGAACUGUGAUCCUGGACUACCCUCCCACCUGAAGACCAGUCCAAACACAAGACGAAAGUCCAAGCACGCAAUGAGCGGCGGCGUCAGCGGCGGCGGCGCGCGCAGGGCGGGCCCCUCGGAGAAGGACUCCACCAGCUCGGAGAGCCGGACCGGACCGCCCAGCGACCAAUCGGAGAGCAGGUCCUCCAGAGGCUACAGCGACGGAAGCCCCGCCCACCGGCACGUGACCAAGACCAGCAGCUCGGAGUGGAACAGCUCCGACGACCUGGCGUUGUCGGAGCCCGAGGACCGGGACCGCGCCGCCUACCGCUCCGGCGCCGGCGAGACCCCCGGCCAGUCCCCAAGACUCCCCCCGCACCCCCACAUCCUCUCCCCAGGCGAGACCCCCGGCGCCCAACCGCCCCUGCAGCAGCAGCAGGGACCGUCCGGGACCGCCUCCCUGAGGACCCCGUCCCAGACCCACCCCACCUUCAGACCCCGCCUCCUCCAGGAGCCCCUCCCCCCGAGGUCCGCCUCCAACGCCACGCCGCACACCAGCCCCAACAGGAAGUCAGAGACAACCGGCAGGAAGUCCUGCUCGGAGGCCAGUUCCAGGUCCGGCUCCGACCCAGAGCGGAGCACGGCGUCGUCUUGGGACGGCGAGGAGCGGGAGCGGGCCGCCGGUAGUAGGUCAUCGUCAUCGACGACGACCACGGGUGGGGGAGGGGCGGAGCAGCAGCAGGCGGCGGAGCAGCAGCAGGCGGCGGCGGCGACGUCCGGGCCGGAGGUCGCCCUGACGACGUACUUCAACGUGGACCACUGCAUGACGGAGACGUACCGCCUCAAGUACCACAACCAGAGGCCCCUGGUGCUGACGCCCACCGGACCCCCGCAGGCCCUGCGGGGGGCCGGCGGAGACCCCGGCCCCCACGAGGCGCGCCCGCAGGACCCGCCCAAACACAGACCGGACCCAAGCCAUACGAGCAAUAAGCCCUCCGCAAAGUGGAACCCAGUGGCUGCCAAAGGCCUGGACGAGCGGGGCUAUUUGUGACGCUAUAAUUUCUUUUUAUAACGUGUUGUUUGCUCGAAGAGACUGGAAGAGAACUGCAUGACGGCCAUCUUCCUCUGUCCGGUGCCACUUUGUUUGGGUGGGAUUGGGAUUUCGUCUUGGCCAUGCAAGGUCAUCGCAAAGAUGCUUUAAAAAAACUAAUCUGCACGUGUUGUUCGUUGUUUUCUUAUAAUGUUAUAUUUGUUACUUUAAGUUUGAGCUGGACGCCAAAGAGUUUACAGAAUUGAAAAUGUCAUGUUUGAAGGAUUAUGUGAAAUCAAAUCUAUUUUUAUUCUUUUUUUUUCUGGCAACAGUUGCCAUGGUUCCCUGGGUGAAUUAUCUGUUGAAGAAAUAUAGCCUCCUUUAGUCUGGGAGUGGGGCUUCAACAGGAAUCCCCACGAUUUAUUUUGCCAAAUCUGAGCCAUUUCCAUUUUAAAUAUAGAUGUCUUUGCGUUUCUUUAUUUUAUUAUUAGGAAUUGCAAAUAUACAUUUAUUGAAAGGAGUUCACGUUUUGUGAACCAGGAAAUAUGUCUCUCGCGAGACAAAUAUAUGAUGUCAGUAAUGAUGUGAACCACAGUGACGGCUGCAUCAUUAACGGUCUGCCCACCUGUGCGCACCUGUGCUCAGGUAGAAUAAGCCCCGCCCAUUUGCAUUGAAAAGUCCGUUCAGCCCUCUUUUGGAUUAUAAUUAUUAUUUCUGUCCAAAGGACUCCCCAGAACCAACGGUACACUCAUCCCUUAUCACCCGUGAUAAGGGAUUGUGAUAAGGCCUCUCAAAUGGACACUUCAACUCAACUCGUAUUUUUACAUUUGUGUGUCCGGCCGUAGCAUGAGUUCCUCACUGCUUUUCACCAUGGAUGCAGACGCACGCCAACCUUUCCAAACUUAACUUGCAUUCUAUAAUAUAAAACCACAUAAUACACAUACGAUCACGCUGUUUUUCGGUCUCCAAAUAACUUGUGGAGGUUGGGAGAAAGUUGUUAUGCAAUACCUAAACACAGACUGCAUAAAAAUAGCAGAGAGUAAGCCUAUUGGAAAUGUUCCGCGCACACUUUAACUCAGGGCUCUUCCCCCUCCCCAUCAACCAGUCCAAGUAAUACAAUAGUUAGAAAUAUCUUUGAUCAGACCUUUCUGUCGAUUUGAUUGAUUUGUUUUAAUAGUUUAUUUAUUGACGGGUGCACAUCAUUUCUUGUAUCUGUAUGUCUGAAAUCAUCAUGACUUCUACAUGUGUUUUGUUAUUUAUUGCUUUAUUUAUUUAGUAAAUAUCGUCAUUCAAAGGGGUACAUAUUUAUUGGGAAAUGUAUUUGGUCUUCCUUGAGAUUUGUAAAGAUUUUCACACUGUAUACACAAUACCACAAUACUCAGACUGGUACUACUUCUACAACCUGGGUGUUAAAUCCACAAAUAUUAUGCUUCUUGUCUUUCUCUAGAAUCCCUGUACUCCGUUGUUCUCACAUUUACAAAGACCUGUAAAGUAUUUAAAAUUGGGGCUCACACAUCAUUCGUGUAUUCGACAAUAUUAUUGUCUUACAAAGUGGUAUAAACCCUGCAUGUCUUUUUAGAAGUCUUAACGUUCCGGUGUACUGUGGUGCCCCCAGCCUGAAAUAUAAGUCACUGAGUCUCGGAUACCACAAUUCUCCUGAAUCAGAAAGUUCAAUUCAAAGCCGCUUUUUUUAUAUUUUCAAGAAUUUCACAAAUAAUAAUAUUUUUGAUGAAGACACCCAUAAAGAAGGAUUUCUACUUAGGAUUUGGACUCCACUCUUUCCUGUCUAACGGUCACAUUUGUUUAAAGAACGUAGGCGUUGCUAUGCAUGACGUAAAGUUGGUGUGAACUACUUUUUGAAACUUUGUAUCUGUAGAUUUAACAUUCCUGAUAGCUCGUUCUAAAAAGACAGAGCCACCUUCUCUUUAAACCCCACUGAGCGUCUGGCCCAGUGGGCCUGCUGGAACAAGGUCAAUAAGAUGCUGGUCCUGAUUUCACUGCUUUUUAAUAUCAACGAUGAACAAUUAUAUUAAUUUAGUCACUGUCGUAUACACUAGCUGUGGGACUUUUGCAGCCAUCCUAAAAAAAACAUUUCAAAGUUACACUUCUAUAUUCAAGUGCAUUUUAUUUACAAUGAUACAUUUAUCUUAGCAUUAGGGAUAUGAUGCAAACAGGUUACAGAGAGUUGAUGAAAUUAAGUCCAUAAAGGAUUGGCACAUAUUGCCCUUGUAUGACAUCCCAAAUUUAACUGGACUGGGAAAUUCAACACGGUAUGCAUUGAUCAUAGUGACGAAAGUGAUCCAUUUGAACAAUCGAUAAAUCUCUCUGGUUGCUCAUGAGCUGUAACUACGAACCAUGAUGUGUGUCUUGUGCUUCCCCAUUGGCUGUUGGUUCAUGCCAUGUUUUAAUCUUUUUUACUGAAUGCAAUGCUGUAAAUGUUUAAUGUACAGUACCACUAGGCUGUAUUAACUCACUCUGUAUCUUCUUUGUUAUGAGUGUUCACCGAGAGUGCCUUCACAGUUUCAGCGUGAGCUCCCCUGUGUUACCCUGCUCAACUAGAGGAUGUCAUUUUAAACCUUUUGGAAUAUGCAACGCUGACAGCGAAACAUACCUGAUGACAGUCAAAGACACUUUAUUUAUUUAUUACACUUUAGGAUGUGAGACAAAUGAGGGUUUAGUAGGCACGGCAACUCUGCUCAAGGGCCAAAGUUCUACCUCCAGGUGUGGUGACGUGAGGACUGUACCAACUGAUAGGGUGAUAGGUGUUGCAUCAUGGAUAGACCAGCGUACUCCGAGGACUGUACCAACCUGGGUGAUCCUCCCCCCCUCAUGCAUUUUGUUGGACACUCCCACCAGUGUGGUGUCAAUGUAGCGUUGAUUUUGAAACGGUUUCAAUGGCCAAACAACAUCACACCUGGUGGUAAAAUGGGGGAUCUUUAACGUUUGAGCUGAGCGAAAUUAUUUGCAGCAGACAUUUUUACACUGGUCCUGACAUCUCAAGGGCGGAAGGUUAUUCAUGAUGUCGGCCAAAGGUUUAUCCGUUAAAGCGGUUUGCCGUUGGGUUGGUGUGGAGGGGGCAGAGCUUUAAAUGACUGCUGAUUGGAGCAGAUUAUUAUCUGAAGAGGUUAUCGAGUUGAAAAUAAAGAGGGUUAUUGGAAGGGACAUGGCAUGAUGCACGACCUUUGAUUUAUUGGUUGACACAAAGAGUUUUAAAAAACACUGAGUAGUGCGAUGGUUUUCAGAAUCUGGUUGCGGUUGUGUUACUUAUGUGUACUUGAGCUGAGAUUUGGCCUCAAGGGGGAACCGUCGCACUCUGUUAUUUGUCCGUUUCCCUCCAUUCUCGUGCAGUAUUGCAGAAAAGUCAGAUCAUUGACGUCAUUGGUCCAGGAUUUGGAUAAAUCCCGCUAAUGUUCCAAUCCGUCAAGGAUUUAUUGGACGGAAACAGAGUUGAUGAUUCCCCUUUGUUAAGGCUUGAUUGAGUCUCCACCGAAUGCUUCCUGAAUUGUCUGCUACUAAGAGUAGAACCAUAUGAACUGUCAACACUAUAUUUUUGUAGAUGUCAAUCAAUAUUUAUUUUUAUUUAUUGUUAAAUAAACUUUAAAUGAUUCUCUUGGUUUAAAAUGA